AUGAACAACAACCUCAUUUUAUUGAUUCUACUAUUACGUAAACCUAGUCAAUCAGUUUAUGAUCUCUUAACUGAGUAUUUAAAAGUAGCACUUAGUUUAUAUUUAAUAAGAUUCAUGAUGUAAUGGAAAUUGUUAAUAAUCCAACAUUGUAAAAUACCAUUCUUAGUCAUAUUGAACCUGAAUUAUUACAAAUUACUUCUAUGAAUAAAUUUCAUAAGAUAAUUGGAGAAAGUAAUUAUUUAAUAGUAAUAACAGCACUUCGUGAAAAAUAAUAAUAAAAAACUCCAGGAGGAAGUGUUGUCGAUUUAUUUUUUAGAAAUAUGUUAUUACUUUUUAAUCAAAUGGAUUUUAAUUAAAUGUUAAAAUCUUGGAGUGAUUUCAAAGAAGGUUAAGAUAAUCAUUUAUAAAAUAAUCCAUUCUUAACAGAUUCAUAUAUUGAAUUCUUACUUACUAAACUAUAAAGUAUUAAUUUUAAUUUAUUUCAUAGCAAGUUCAAGUUAUGUAAAUUUAGAAGAGUUGAAAUAAAUAAUUGAAUAACCUAAUUUAAAUGAGAAUAGUAAAGUGAAUUUUUUAAAAGCUCUUUUAUAUGCUUUAUUAAGAUAUCCAUUUAGAGCAAUAAAAUUCUCUCGGAAAUAUUAUGAUAUGACAUUAAAUACACUUGUUCCUAAAAAAGUAAAUCAUUGUAUAAUGAAUUCAAUAUUUCUUAAUAUGAAAAUGAAUUUCUAUGAUGAAGCUUUAAAUAGUUUAUCAGAAGGUCUCAGAUUAUCAUAAACUGUAUCAGAUGAAUAAAGCAUCAAUCUUUGUUUAUUAAAUCUCUUUGAAAUUGCUUAUCGUAACAAUUAUUAAAAAUAAGUAAAAUUAAUUCCGUAUUUAUAGGCUACCCUUUUAUUAGAAUAUGCUGUAAAUCAUGCUUAACAAUUGAGUCCAUAACAUAAAUUAUAGAGUGCUUUAAUUUAUGGAUCAUAAAUUAGAUACAAAUAAAUUAAUUAUUCAUUAUUGAAAAAGAAACAUAUCAAUUGGAAGGAUAUUAUACAUUAAAGUUUAAAAUAAAUUUUACAAUCUCAUACACCAGAUAUUGAAUAAUCUAUUACUGCCUAUUAAUUAGUAUGUGCUAAUAAUUAUGGCAAUUCAACCAUGAUUCAAAAUGCACUAGAUUAAUUGUAAUAAUUUGAACAAAAUGACUAAACUCUAUCACUUUAAUUAGAAGCCUUGAGUCAUAUAGCAUUACAUCAACCAAUUUAUACAUUGUCACAAUUCUAAUAAUGUUUUGAAACUACCUAUAAUUUAAGUGAAUAAUCUAUUUUAGUCAUUUUAAAUAUAUGUUUAGAGUACUUUUAAAUUAUUAAUGAACCAAUGUCUAUCAAGUACAUUAAAUAAAUUAUGGUUCAAUUAUUAUAAAUGAAUCCAGAUCCAUAUAUAUCUGAAUCUUUGGGAAUAGUACCUAUUAAAAGUAAGAUUUAUAUAUCAUAAGAUCCUAAACUUAGAGUCAAGAAAUUAUUAAAGGAAGGAGAGAAUGACUUAGAAAUCAUUAAACUUUGUAAGUAGUUUCAUCUGAAUCAAUAAUAUUUAGAAUAUAAACUUAAUUUAAUUGAAAAAAAUAUAGAAUAAAAUGAAAUAUAAGAAGCUUAAGAUAAAUUAAAUAAUAUCAAUUUGUAAGAAUUGUCAUAAUCAAAUUGUGUUAUAUAAGCUAAAUUUUGGAAUCUUAUGGGACGAACUUAUAAAAGUCUAAAAUAUUAUGUUACAUCUAUUAACUUUGCUAUUCAAGUUGGUUGGAUUACAAUUAUACAAUAAAAUUACUAUGAUAUGACUUUCAUUUAUGAUUAAUAAGGUAAUUGAAUAAAUUUAAUAUUAUAGAUUAAUUUGAUAUGAGAGAUUAUUGUGCUGAAUAAUUUAAUAAAGCAGAUGCACUUAUAAGUUAAUGUAAUCAAAAUACAAAUUUGAUUUUCUUCAAGAUAAAUGAAAUUGGAAUAGUAGAGUACUUAUACCGCUUUUUAAAAAAUAUUUAAUCCUUAUUUAGUUGUAAUUUGUGA